AUGCUUUCAAAAGCAGCCCGUCGAAGAUAUGCCUUGCUAUACCUGCAGCAAGCUUCGGAGCAGAUACAGCUACCAUGGCUCUGCCCUGCUCUGUACAGAUCACCACAGAUUCAUGUCCAAUCCCGCCCGAUGACCCAUCGUCCAUCACCACCUUCACCAUCAGCCAGCCUCUUGCGGUCACAGUCCCCCCGACGGUUGGCAUCUGCAGCCGCAUCGCCCGACCUCCUGCAAACUGACAGCUACCUUGAGUACGAUCCCAGAAGAGAUUCGCAACCUACAUCCUCUCGUGUUCCCUACAGGCGCCUCCUCUCUGAUAUCCCAUUGCAUGAGCCCGAUGGGUUCCUGAAGUUGGACGAUACUAUUGCAGAACCUCCGGAAAGGCUGUCUAGUAACAAGUUCAAGGAGAUCCAGAUACGGGGCAAUGCGCAGGAGGUGAAGACAACCAUGGAAGCGUGCUUACAAGUCCACCGUUUCGACCGUGCUAUUGCUCUGCUGCGGCAGUUGCAGAUCGUUGUCAAUCCGAAGUCAGCAUAUCUUCAGGAAGCUUUCAAUGAUUGCUUGCAUGCGAUGGUCAUGGACAUGAUCGUCAACAAAAACAAGAAGAACGUGGAAUUGAUCAACCAAUGGCUUGAGGUUGACAUGCAUAAUGCUGGUGUUGAGCCUGACGCAAGGACAUAUGCUCUGAAAGUUAAAGUGGCGUUGGCUACGAUGACCGGCUCGAAAAGAGAUCGGACUGUGAGGAGGUAUUGGGAGCUUGCAAGGCAGGCUGAGACGGUGAACGAAGUUGCUUCUCUACGAGACAUUCUAUCGGAACAAGAUUUAGGAAAGCUAUCCGAGAUUGUCCCGCAAACACAGAUUGGUUACGAUUUUCCGGACAAUUUUGAAGAAUACGGUAUUACCGACGAUCAUCUGGAGAUCGUUGAUCAGCCAGCUCUUGCACAGCGGCCUGUGGAGGAGAUUCGGGAAACUAGUCAAAAGGGGUUGGGACUGACAUCUUUACGGAAGUCCUUGUCUCUAUUUUCAGACAACUCGCAUUUCGAGAAUCAAGUUGAGAAAGUUGGAAGGAGUUAUGCUCAUGCACGACAAUCCCGCUUGGAAACGGACGCUGUGAAAGCCGCGGUUGAGCGAUGGCGCGUUGAGCACGAGAAAAUGGUAAAGAUGGGGAUCAAUGGGAACCUGCAGGGUGGUAAGCUGGGAGCAUUGUUAUGGCAGUGGCAUCAAAACGUGUCCAAAAAGCUCGUGGAAGAACUGAAGCUGGUUGAAGCAGCAGAAGUAAAGAACCGAAAGAAUGAUCGUGAAAAGCUUCGCUGCGAGUACGGACCAUUCCUACGACUUCUCGAACCUGAUCAUCUAGCAGCUCUAGUCACCAUCACCACCAUCAGCGCUAUGGACAAGAAUGGCAUGCAGGCUCCGCUAAGGUUGGCGCGGGGGCCGAGCAAGCUCGGGUUUCCGCACUUGAUAGAAGGGGUUUCUGGAAACAUACUCAACAAGAGAGCAGUUCCGCAUCCACCAUAG